UCUGCAUCGCCUUACUCGCGAACCAUCGCGAGUUACGACAUUGGCCCUAGUGAAACAAAACAUACACAGCUCCUCGCAGAUACGCGAACGAAGUUCAUACCAUUCCUGGCCUAGGAGACGCUUCGGCAGACUCGUGACUGAUGGAUACUGCUUGACUACGCCUACCGUGUCCUUGCACCUGCCAAGUUCCUGCCUUCUCUCCCAUUUUCCAGCGCACUGCCCUUGGCACCGCUCAUGUGGCCUUGAAUCCCGCUGGCUACCCCGAGCCUGGGCGAGCAUCAACAGGGUUGAUCCUUCUCUCGCAUGCGCUUCGGUGCCUGAAAGCCCGCCCGAAAUGUGGCGCCAGUACCACGGGGGCGUAUAAAUGCGACCAGUCUGCAGCCACGCUUUUUCUCAGGUCGUCUCCUGCAUCCUCCGAGCCACGAUUAUGUUGUGCGCGACGUUGACAACUUUGCUCCUCGCAUUGUGCGCGAGCGCUAGCCCGGCCACCCCUCGUCCUCGAGGUGUACCACAGACGAUCUCGCUUACGUCCCGCAAGGUUGCCAGAGGUGCUCCUCACGCCCGUCGUGCACUUUCUCCUAUCGGUGUACCUCUUGCCGACUACUUCAACGGAACUGACCUUCAAUGGUUUGGCGAUAUCGGAGUUGGCACGCCGCCGCAGACGAUCAGCGUGGUUUUCGACACCGGAAGCCAAACACUAGAAUUUGCUAGCACCCUUUGCGGUUCCGCAUGUGCGAACCAAGUCCAGUUCGACCCAUCCGAGAGUUCGACCUUCGUCGACGGCGGUAGCACAGGCACGAUCACUUUUGCCACAGGUGUCGGCGUUGACCCCGUGGUGGGAAACAACUGGCAGCUCACGCUGCGGAACGCGACUGAUACCGUCACCGUCGGCGGCAUCUCUGUUCCCGACGUCAGCCUGUUUCUCAUCACUGACCAGACGCCGACGUUCGCGCCAGAUCCGUUCAGCGGUAUCCAGGGCAUGGGCCCCAUUGCGACUGGCCUGUUUGCUGGUCUGGAGGCACAGGGCCUGCCAUCGCUAUUUAGCCUGUACUUGACGCCUCAGUCCGUCGGCAAUGCAGAGCUGACGUUAGGCGGUAUCGACUCUACGAAGUUCACUGGCGACUUGACCUUUGGUACUCUCGUUGAUGCGGUGGAGAGCCAGGCCUGGCAGCUCACGUCUACCGGCAUCACUGUGAACGGAGAGUCAACAUCGGGGCUGAAUCAAUCGCGCGUCUUCAUCUUCGAUAGCGGUACCAGUAACAUCGUGCUUCCCAAGGCCGACACCGAGGCUGUCUAUGCUCAGAUCUCGCCCAACAUCAAGCCCAACAGCGAUGAGCCGGGUACCUACGGCAUCGCCUGCUCCGAGAUCUCCUCCCUUCCAGCGGAGAUCUCUUUCACGUUCACUUCACAGGAGGGCGAGGCAUUCACGUUGACGAUUCCGAGCAGCGAGCUCAGCGUCGGACCGUUCAGAAGUAACCCAGAGCUGUGCCAGACGCUCAUCAACGCCUUCGAGGACUUCAAUAUCAUCGGUGGCAGCUUGCUAAAGCACUACUAUAGCGUAUGGGAUCUUGGGAACCAGCGCCUCGGUUUUGCGCCGAACAUCUUGUAGGCUGCAUCGUCGUUGCGAGCUAAGAGUUAGAUGGGAAGUAAAUGUACUAGCAUGCUGUUGGGUAACAUCGAUGUUCGCUCUAAAUCGCCAAACAGUUGGUAUGUGGACGUUCUGCUCUGCUUUAUUUGACUCCCUCCAGAACUGGUAUGGUCUUCGCUAAGUAUUUAUGUAUGCUACUGGCACUGUUGGAGUCUUGCAAAGUACUUUACGAGCUGC